AUGAAAAAAAUAUGUAGUGGAGCUCGGCGUGAUGAGGGUAUCAAAUGGUUUACAGAGCUCUUUGACAAAGGUAAGACAAUGAAAUUAACAGAAUGUUUGAAUAAAGAAUUGAAUAUUUUUUCGCGGAAAUAAUGAUAAGUACAUGUUACUUGACAGUCAAAGCCACAAAGACGCAUUUCUAUUGGGCCAUGCAUAAUAAUGACGGCACUGAAGCUGGUUUUCAGCAGUACUUACUCAAUGUUGUGGAUCACUACCAGGUAAACAUCAUGGAUACUUACAUUAUUCGGCAUCACAGUUUUUUCUCCUGCUAGUGCAGAUUGAUCUAUAUCUCCAAAUUAGUCUUUCUUGCACAUUUAGUCACAGCAGGUAGCAUAUCAAAGAACAACCUUAUAUCUAACUCUUGUCCUGAUGAUGCCUGCAAACUCUUAUUGUAUUGGUGAUGUCAAUAUUAAUCACCUUGCCCACAGGGAAAGCAUGAUCUUUGCCACCAAACUUCAAGGUGAAAGGAAGACGGGUAUGUUUGCAGUAAGAAGAAGGUGACAGACCCAAAAGCUGCAGAAGCUUACAGGGCUGCCAUCAUCAAAACUACCAUCUAUAAAAAUCCAUCUGACUAUCUCCUUGUAAAUUUACAGUAUUACUUUUGAUUGAACACAUAUAUUAAGUGCAUGAGGUGACAACGUUUUAGAUGUAGAGAAUUGGUACACUCCCUAUUGUUGAAAAAAUUACACUCUUCUGAGGAUUAAUGCCAUUAACUAAAUUGCUUUCUUACUUGAAUUCUAGAGCUUUGACAAGCUUUUCACCAUUUAUUUUAGUGCCGGGACACAUUUUACAUUGAGUCUUUCCACAUGGUGAUGAAACCUAUAAGAUGA